AUGUAUGGGGAAACACCCUCUGAUAUCAAAUAAGCUUACAAUCAAGUUUUUAACCUUAAAGACAUAAGACCCAAAGAUUUCGUUAAUCUUAUACAUAUUGAAAGGAAAUCUAAUGAAAUAUUGCAGCAUUAGAAGUAUAUUUUAUCAAAGUAGGAACUUAAGAAAUCAUUGAGUACAGAUAAGAUGCUUUCAACGUAAUCAAGGCUGUUUGAUCAAGUCCCUAAUUUACUAAAGAAAAAUAAUCUUGAUCUAAAAUCAAGUUUAGAAAGGGUUGAAGAUGGCAUUGGAAAGAAGAAAUUGGCAUCAACUAAUUAUGAAGAGUUUAUAUAAACGAAUACUUAAAACUCUUUCUACAAGAGGAAAUAAUCUCAAGAUAUAUAUUUUAAGCCAUUUGUGACAGAAAGGGAUGGCAUGGGAAAUCUUAUAUAAAGCGUAAGUUAUAUUGUUUGUAAUAAAUAUUCAUAGAACAUUAAACCUAAAUUAAGAAUAGGAAAGCUACCCAGUCUAAAUCAAACGUAAAGAUUUUUAGAUGUUCUCACAUAAAAGUUGAAUACUUAAGCAAAGAUUGAUUUAAGAGAUACUAUCAGCUACAAUCUAAGUAUGGCUGCUCAGAACAGCAAUCCUAACUCCUAAAAUAUUUAGUCUAAGGUAGGUGAGAAAUCAGAAUAAUUUUAAAGCUUAAAUGAGACGACUAAUGAUCUCUCGCCUAGCAAUCGGGCAAUGCUAGAUCAUCAUAUCUCGAUGAAAUUAGACAACUCCAAACUAGAAAAAACAAGGAACUUUUAAAAGCUGGGUUCUGCUUAGACUGAUAAUCCAACAAGCAACAAUGUUUCAAUCUCAGUGGCCAGAACAAACAUGAGCAACUUUAAUUUUAGUUACUUUAAGAUAAAGCACUAAUAAAUAGAUUCAUAUGCCUAAAAGGAAAAGGAUCUCAAUAGAUCUGGCCUUUCAAGUCCACAUAAUGUAUAGUAAGUAACAUAACAUCAUCCAUAAGAGUAUGAGAAUAAUCUUAAUGAUAAUGGUGUGCCCAAAAAGGCUCAUAAAGGCCGUUAAUUGAUGAUGGAAAGUUAUCAAAAACUGAAGAAAUAGCUAUAUGACUAAUCAAGAAAGAGGAAGAAAAAUUAGCCAAAGCUGAAUCACUAUAAAUCUGAUAUGCUUGCAGCAAGUGUCCAUGACCAGAAACCAUGUCUGGGAACAUAUAAUCCCACAGCUGUGGUUUAAAACCACCUUCCAACACUGAUUUUCAAGCCACACCCAGUCCACAAGAUUAUUAAAAAUUUGACUUUGGAAGAAGCAAUCGGUGGUGGAAUGGAUUAAGACUCUAGUAAUGAUGACUUUGACUCCUUUCUUAAUGACAAGAAGGAUGAAAAACCCUCUAAAUCUAAUAGAAAAUCUCAUAGAAAGCUAGACUAUUUAAAGAAACUUUCAACGUAAUAACUUCUCAAUCUCACAAAAUCGAAAUGGACUCGAAGUCCUUCUGAAAACAUUCAUAAUCAUCAUGAUGAGACCAAUAAAAACGAUACUGUAAAUUAUUAAACACACAAGAGCUUAAAGCUUGCUGCUGCUUCCCCAAUCAAAGAAAAAUAGAAAUCUGAUAAGCCUAUAAAAAUAAGAGAAACGAAGAAUGAAUAUCACAGAAGAGAAAACAAUUUAGGCUUGCCCUAGGUAGCUUUAGAAAAGCCCAUCGAUGGCAGAACUUAGAUUAAAAAUAUUAUCAUUGAUAUCAGAACUAACAUAAAUAAGAUCAUGACGUGA